AAGAACUAGUCUUUCCCGCCAAUUAACUAAUGCCGUGUUCAGUUGCGGAGCAAUACUCUCUCUUUUGUUCACGGCUUAGAAGCCGAAGAUUAGAUGAUUCUACUCUGCGAAUUCUGGAAUUCUUUUCCGCUUCCAAAGACACGAUGUCGUUGAUGGAUGUCAAAUCCGGAGUAAAAGAAUUACUCAGCUUUGAAUCUCUAUCUAUCAUUCGUGAAACUGUUGAGAAAACUGAUGAUCAAAAGCUUCUAGUCAUCGAGUUUCUUGUUCGAGCUUUUGCUCUUGUUGGAGACAUUGAGAGUUGCUUAGCUUUGAGAUAUGAGGCCUUGAAUUUUCGGGAACUGAAGUCUUUUAAUCAACCAAGGCUUCAAGUCUCACACGCGGAAUGGUUAAACUUCGCUGAGCAUUCAUUAAACGCUGGCUUUUUUUCAAUUGCUAUAAAGGCAUAUGAGCAAGCACUGUCAAGCCUUCAGCAGAGUGAUACUGCAAACUACACAUCACAUGGUUCCUCUAAAUGUGCGGAAGUUAUUGAGAAGAUAAAGAGACUCAAAGAUCAUGCUCUGAAAUCAGCUGGUUCCCAUUCUGUUCAGGCUCUCACAUCUGAGUAUUUGAAAAAGAGAGUAACUGAAAGGAACAGAAAGAUUUCUUCAUCCUGCACAAGAAAGUUUACGGCAAGCACUCUAUUCAGAAAUGGUAUCAGAAACCAUAAUGCAAAAAGGCUGCAUGAAUAUCAAGCUUUGGAGGGGUUAACCAGUGAAUCGUACAAAAUUCAGAUUCAUGAUCAGUCCUACAUAUAGUCUCCUUGCAUAUCCACCUGACUGGAUAAAUGUUCAGGCAAUAGGUUACUCGACCUUUUUAUCCAGAAGAUGAAGUGAACUGCUACAAACUUAUAGUUUCCAUGUCUGGGAGUGGAUCGGGGAGGCUCGCUGGCAAAAGAAAAGUGCUUCCACCGAAACUCCAGUUGAACUCAGUUCGGUGGAAGUCCAAGUCGCCUCUCCCCUUCUAACCGGUAUCUUCUAUCAAUAUCCAAAUUUCUGCUUCCAUCAUAAUGGCAAUAGCCACCGUUGUUUUUGGGGAAAUUUUCUAGCUCUUAUUUUAGCUGCUGAAUAUGACCAAAAAUCAAGGUGAUUAAAAUGCAAUGUGGCCCAGAUAUUGGGCGCCCUAUCUCUGGUCUUUCAUCCUUCAAAAUUACAUUAGAGAAUCGUUUCUAAAUGUAACUUGGAAAUUUCAAAUUUUUUAUGACAACUGUUUCGCCUAAUAUUGGAGAUUGGUAGAAUGUAGUCAGUGACCAGUGACCAUAUACCGUCAUGGUUAGAUGUAAGAGAAAAACUAAAAAUGCAAGUUU